AUGAUUGACGGAUUACCUAGACAUACACUUUGUACGCCAACAAAUCACCAGAAAGACGGUCAACAUCGUGAAUACUCAGUAACAGAACUAGUCUCAAAGAUGGAUAUCUCUAAGAAGACGGUUCGGAAGUCCCUCGACGGAAUUGCCUGGACGAAAAUUUACAGUGAUAACGAGCAUGAGAUCAUCAUGCAAGCGAACAAAAACGCAGAUGAUGCGGAAGUAAAGAAAUCUGCGCAGAAGGACAGCCAUAAGAUUUUGGCCAAAUGUGUCAUAGAUGUGAAGAAUGAAGAUCCGCAGAAGGCUGAGGCUGAUUUGCAGGAGUUAUUUAACGAGAGAAAUUGA